CAUGGAACGCGUCACCGGUUUUGAUAAAGUGAAUAGGAUACCGUACAACCAUCUCUGAAAGGGCUUCUGUGGCAGCAUGGCCAUACUCCAUCUAAUCUCUAGCAAUUCAACGUAUUUUUGGUUCUUUGAUCAUGCUCUUCAAAGUUCGAGGAACCGCAGUCUGACUUGGGCGUCUAUCACAACGAGGUAACACAGAUGACCCAGGGAAACGUACAGAUCUGGAGUCUGGAGUCUGGCUACAAUCUUCACAUAAACACUUGUCGGAGAAGGCCACUGUUUCUGUUGGUCCUCCUGUCAAUCUCUGUCUUUCUACGACAACAUUUGCACCUAUCUCGUAUCUUUCACAUCCACCUUUUCCAUCUCGCCUCUUGUCUCUUCUGUUUUCAAGUCAGUUUAGCACUGCUUAGUCGUGAUCUCUAUCUAUUUCGCUACAAGAAUGGGUGCUGCUGUAUCCUAUUGUGCUUCCGCUGCCGCUGCCGCAAUCCGCGUAAUUCUCGAAGUGAUAAGGGGCAACGAGGUCAAAGAAAACCCGACGAUGUCCCAGAUCGAGAAAGAGCAUAAAAGAAAGGAAGCUGAAGCUUAUCGUCGUCACGUCGACUCACAUUUGGAGAGAGAGAAGAAAGAGCAAGCCGAUAGAGCUGCAAAAG